AUGAAGAGUGAGCGUAUCAAAAACACAUACUCACUAAUGAAAUACAAGAAUGAUCCCUCAAACCCAAUAAUAAUAGAUAUCGAUGUAGAUGCAUCUGAUUCUAUCAGGAUUACCCCCAUACCAACCAUUGCUAAAGCUGGAGUUAUGACUCAAAGGUCAAAAUCCAAACCUGUUUCAACUGUCAAACCAAUUCACAAAGAAGGUCAACAUUCCGGACAUAGUGUUUCUGUUGAAGUGCUUCAUGAAAAUCGUUCAAAGCAGAAAUUUGAUCCAGAUUCCAAUCCCCAUUCACAUGUGCAUGGUUAUACAAAAUCAGAUAUUAGAAAAAUGUUGUUUACGUCUAAAGAGAAACAGCAGCCAUCACAUGAUGAAUCAGAUUUUGAAGACCCAAACCCAUUCAUCAGCCAAAAUAAGAGGAAAUCACCUCCACUUGUAACAACCAAAGUUGUGCAACAUCAGGAAAAGAAAGCUAGAGCAGAUGUGGCCAACCUUCAAGCAAUUAAGGCAAAAGUUAAAGUCAAGAAACUAGAGAACAGAAAAUCAAAGAAGGGAGUUCAUGUGGGUAUUCCAACACAACCAAGGCGAAUACAUAUUCGUACGUCACCAAAAAUAUUAUUCUCCACAAUGCACGGUCUGACGAAUGGACAGAAGGAGUAUUUAUCAUCCAUUGGAUUUGGUCCCCUUUUAAAUAUAAAAGUAGAUGGGUCGGCAUCACGAAUUGGGUACUACGCGGUCAACAACUUUGACCCUGAACGUAUGGUACUGAAUGUCGAGCGGGGUGAGAUACCAAUCACUAGGCAACUGAUACAUGACAUGUUGGGUCUCCCUCUGGGAAAUAUCAAUAUCAAUUCACUAAAGUUCAGACCCGCUGAAGACAAAACUGUUGAUUUGUGGUCUGCACAGUUCAAGUCAGAAAAUGAUAUUAGGCCCAAAGGCGUACAAAGGGCGAUUAAGAGAUUAAAAGAUGUUGGGUUAUUGUUUAAAGUCAAUUUUUUGGUUCUCAUUUGUAACACCCUUGGACAAUCCAAGAGCAUGGGCACAUGUGAUGUAUCAAUGCUUUCAAGGGUUUCAGAGGAUUUAGACUUAAGCGACAUAGAUUGGUGUUCAUACGUGUUAGAGUGUUUGAAAAAUACAAAACAUGCAUGGAAUUCUACGAGCGAUACAUCUUACUAUGUUGGCCCUAUUUUCCUAUUGACGCUUAUAUAUCUGGAGCAUGUUUCAUGUGAUGCGGUUACGAUUGAUCGUGGAAGACCUGCUAUAUGUUUCUGGGAUGUGGAAACCAUGCGCUUACGUGAGGAGUAUGAAAUCAGAAAUGGUGGAAUUGGUUCUGGUGAACUUCAGGAUCCUUACAUACCACACGAUGACAAUGCCGAAAAUGUCAACUCGGCGAAUGGAUCAGUUGAGGAAUACCUUUCCACCAUUGAAAGUAUGUUCAACAAGCUAGUUGAGGAUAAUCAUUUGUUGCACUCAAAACUUGUAGACGCAAUCGAAAGGCAUUCUCUGGUUUGUGAUUUCUACGAAUGGCAAGCCAAGAUCAGAAUUUUCCUUAAUGAAGAAUCCAUGAAAUAUGGAAGUGGCAGUUCUACUCAUGCAGACAGUGUCGGACCUUUAUCCCAAUGGUGGUCAGACAACGCAGAACAAAUAAACAGGUCCUGUCAAUUUGCAGAAAAUUCUGUUAAAUCGUUCCACAACUCACCCUUUCCAAACUGGAGCAUCGGGAUGACACAGGAGUUUGCUGAUAUCAUUAGCAAUUCACCACUGAAAGAUAUCAUGAAAACUCCAAAAGACCAAUGUCCAAGUCCUCUUCCAUUAUCAAUUGUUCCUAUUCACAGUGAUUACGGUGUUGUCCGCGCAAGAGAGUUAAGGCCAAGAAAUAAGCCCCCUAAAUUACGUUCCCCGUUCAUUGUACGACCAGUUGACAUAACUAAACGUAUAUCACGUGCUCAGAAGGACCUAUCUGAAUGGGUUUUCUCAACACAAGGUCAUCUAAGUGACGAACUUUUCUGGACUUGUGCUGGUGUAGCUGCUGAACGCUUUCACAUGGAAAGCUUCUUCCCCAAAUGUGAACUUUUUGGACACCUAUUCCUGCCAGUCGUCCGUGAUUUUCAUAUUUUCCUUGUCGUACUCGACUUUCAACAACCAGCCUUUUGGAUCAUUGACAACAUCAAAAGAGAUGACGACACCCAACACACAUAUGGUCUUCUACCAGAUAUCAUUCAUUCAUACAUGACUCAAUACUUGCGGUCUGUUCACCAUCCAAACGCUGAAGCAUUUUCACAUGUCCCAAGACAAAUCCCCCAACUAACUUGGUCAACAGUAAACAAUACCACUGACUGUGGUAUUUUUACUAUGCGUCACAUGGAGACGUUCAUGGGUGGAAACAUUAGAGAUUUCAAAACUGGAUUCAAGUCAGAGUCGCUUGCACAGGACAACCAAUUAUCUAGACUACGGGUCAUCUAUCUUUGCAAAAUAUUCAGACUACAACCUGCUGAAGGAUUCAAUCCUUCAUCAGGUAGCAGAAUUCCAAAAGCUGACUGCAUCUAA